AUGUCUCAAGUAAACGUCAAGGAAACAACCAGCGGGUCGAGCUACGUCGCAGAGCUACAAGUAUUGGCAAAGGAGUCGUCAAGGAUACUAGUAGAAGAAGGAGGCGUGUACAAAAUCCUAGAUCAGAAGGCUUAUGAAGAAAGGGACAUAAGCGUUCCUGAUGGGAUUCCUCGUUUCACUAGUCGCGACCACCGGAGCCAGCUAAAAAAGGCUGGCUACGAUAAGAUAUUGCAGGGUACGAUCUUGGAGUAUGGGGGUAAAUUGCUCUUCGUUUAUCGUCUGCGAGACACAGAUUCAUUCCAGUGGUUGAAAGAAAAGAAUUUCGAGAAAGUGUUCGGCAAGGACGAGGCUGCGCGCUUCAAGAGAGAUUUUGCAUUCGCGUCUGCUGGCAAACCAGUCACUCGGGCUCAGGAAGAGAUGGAAGACAACGAGAAUCACCUGACGGGAGCUGGCCAUAGAGAGGUCGAGACACUGUCGCACUGUCUUGUGCAACUCGUUGAAACACUCAUGACAACGAUAUCCAAAGACGGCAAAUUCUCACCAACACACCUCAGAAGUUAUCUUGCCAAUUCUUUUGGACAGUGUUCCGAAACGUUACGAGAGCAUCACGAAGCUGACCUACAAGAAUCUACAUCAAAGGACCAGGUGGAUAGCACAGAAAAUUCCAGCAAGUCUACGGUAGCAGCGUAG